CGCCUGGCGCGCCCGCGUCCUCCGCAAGCGCGACGCUGCCCUCCCACCGCGCCCCGCUCGCCGCCCCCUGCCCGGGCACCAUGGAUACCGCCUCGGUCGGCGUGCUCCUGUCCUUGCCCGUCCUGCUGCAGCUGGCGGCCGGGGGCGGCUCGCCCAGGCAGGGUGCGCUGCUGCGGGGCUGCCCCGCUCACUGUCAGUGCGAGCCGGACGGCAGGAUGCUGCUCAGGGUGGACUGUUCGGACCUGGGGCUUUCGGAGCUGCCCUCCAACCUCAGCGUCUUCACCUCCUACCUAGACCUCAGUAUGAACAACAUCAGUCAGCUGGCCCCGAAUCCUCUGCACGGUCUCCGUUUCCUAGAGGAGUUACGUCUUGCCGGAAAUGCUUUGACACACAUUCCCAAGGGAGCAUUUGCUGGCCUUUACAGCCUUAAAGUUCUUAUGCUGCAGAAUAAUCACCUAAGACAGGUGCCCACAGAAGCUCUACAGAAUUUGCGAAGCCUUCAGUCCCUGCGUCUGGAUGCCAACCACAUCAGCCACGUGCCCCCCAGCUGCUUCAGUGGCCUGCAUUCCCUGAGGCACCUGUGGCUGGACGACAACGCUCUGACAGAAAUCCCGGUCCAGGCUUUCAGAAGUUUAUCAGCCCUGCAGGCCAUGACCUUGGCCCUGAACAAAAUCCACCACAUACCAGACUAUGCCUUUGGAAACCUCUCCAGCUUGGUUGUUCUGCAUCUCCAUAACAAUGGAAUCCACUCCCUGGGAAAGAAAUGCUUUGAUGGGCUCCACAGCCUAGAGACCUUAGACUUGAAUUAUAAUAAUCUUGAUGAAUUUCCUACUGCAAUCAGGACACUCUCCAACCUUAAAGAACUAGGAUUUCAUAGCAAUAAUAUCAAGUCAAUACCUGAGAAAGCCUUUGUGGGCAACCCUUCUCUUAUUACAAUACACUUCUAUGACAACCCCAUCCAGCUUGUUGGGAGAUCUGCUUUUCAACAUUUACCUGAACUAAGAACACUGACUUUGAAUGGUGCUUCACAAAUCACUGAAUUUCCUGAUUUAACUGGAACUGCGAGCCUGGAGAGUCUGACUUUAACUGGCGCACAGAUCUCAUCUCUUCCUCCAACCGUCUGCGAUCAGUUACCUAAUCUCCAAGUGCUAGAUCUCUCUUACAACUUGCUAGAAGAUUUACCCAGUUUUUCAGUCUGCCAAAAGCUUCAGAAAAUAGACCUACGACAUAAUGAAAUCUGUGAAAUCAAAGCCGACACCUUCCAGAAGCUGUUUAGCCUCCGGUCUCUGAAUUUAGCUUGGAACAAAAUUGCCGUUAUUCACCCCAGUGCAUUUUCCACUUUGCCAUCUCUAAGAAAGCUGGACCUGUCGUCCAACCGCCUGUCGUCUUUUCCUGUAACUGGGUUACAUGGUUUAACUCACUUAAAAUUAACAGGAAAUCAUGCCUUACAGAGCUUGAUAUCAUCUGAAAACUUUCCAGAACUCAAGGUUAUAGAAGUGCCCUAUGCGUAUCAGUGCUGCACAUUUGGAGUGUGUGAAAGUGUCUAUAAAAUUUCUCACCAGUGGAAUAGAGGCGACAACAGCAGUGCAGAUGACCUUCAUAAGAAAGAUGCUGGGAUGUUUCAAGUUCAAGAUGAGCGUGAUCUUGAAGAUUUCCUGCUUGACUUUGAGGAUGACCUGAAAGCCCUCCAUUCCGUGCAGUGCUCGCCUUCCCCAGGCCCCUUCAAACUCUGCGAAUACCUGUUCGGGAGCUGGCUGAUCCGAAUUGGAGUGUGGACCAUAGCUGUUUUGGCGCUUACUUGCAAUGCCCUGGUGACGUGCGCGGUGUUCAGGGCCCCUGUGUACAUCUCCUCCAUAAAACUGUUAAUCGGGUUGCUAGCCGCGGCCAACAUGCUCAUGGGGGUCUCCAGCGCGGUGCUGGCGGGCGUGGACGCCUUGACCUUCGGCAGCUUUGCGCGGCACGGGGCGUGGUGGGAGCAGGGGGUCGGUUGUCAAGUCGUCGGGUUUUUGUCCAUUUUCGCUUCGGAAUCCUCUGUUUUCCUGCUGACUCUGGCGGCCCUGGAGCGUGGGUUCUCUGCGGGAUGCUCCGCCAGAUUGGACACGAAGAGCCCCUUCCCCAGUCUGAGAGCGGCCAUCGCGCUGUGCGCCCUGCUGGCCGUGACCGUGGCCGCCGUGCCCCUGCUGGGCGGCCGCGAGUACAGCGCCUCCCCGCUCUGCCUGCCGCUGCCCUUGGGGGAGCCCAGCGCCGCGGGCUACAUGGUGGCGCUCGUCUUGCUCAAUUCCCUUUGCUUCCUCAUGAUGACCAUCGCCUACACCAAGCUCUACUGCGGUCUGGAAAAGGGAGACCUGGAGAACAUGUGGGACUGUUCUAUGGUGAAGCACAUCGCUCUGCUGCUCUUCACCAACUGUAUCCUUUACUGCCCCGUGGCGUUCUUGUCCUUCGCUUCUUUGCUGAACCUCACGUUCAUCGGCCCGGAAGUAGUUAAGUUUAUCCUUCUGGUCAUCGUGCCCCUUCCCGCAUGUCUUAACCCCCUUCUCUACAUCCUCCUCAAUCCCCAUUUUAAGGAGGACCUGGGGAGCCUGGGAAAGCAAACCCACUUCUGGACGAGGUCCAAACACACCAGCCUGGUGUCUGUUAACUCUGAUGAUGUUGAGAAACAGUCCUGCGACUCAACCCAGGCCUUGGUAACCUUCACCAGUGCCAGCAUCGCCUACGACCUGCCUUCCAGUUCUGGGUCACCACCAGCUUAUCCAGUGACAGAAAGCUGUCAUCUUUCAUCUGUGGCAUUUGUCCCAUGUCUCUAAUUCAUACAUAAGAGAAAAAGUUUUCAAAUAUCAAAAACCCAAAAAUGUGAGAUUGAGUACAUCAGAGUAGUAA